AUGUCUCGAACGUUGUGCGCUCGCAAGAUCACCAAGAAAACGCGCGCAGCGAGAAUCGAGCUAAUAUACCCUGCUGACGUCUUCACUGGAUGCCACAACAAGUAUCUAUCCCAUACAGGGCGUUUCAUACGUCACUUGGAAGACUUCCUGCAGGUCAAGCGAAAGAAGCUCAAUAUAGAUGGCCUGUUCAGGCGGCAAAGCAUGGCUGGUGGGACUUCACUGAAGAAUUAUCUAGAUACCAAUUACCAGACAUUCGUGCGAGACUACGAGAAGGAGUUCCAUGAGAAGGCAUUUGCCGAUCCUUAUAUCGAGUACAAAUGGUAUGUCAUUAUGUUGGAGAUGAGGUAA